GUUGACUUUUCUCUCUAUGUGUUAAUGAAGCUGAUAUUUCUAGUAUGUGUCAUAUCAUCACAACCAAGUUAGAGUUAUUAUUAUUAUUAUUAUUAUUAUUAUAAUCAUUAUGAGUGCUUUACAUCGAUAAAUCCCUCCUACUGUCUAUCUUUACAUCGAUAAAUCCCUCCAACUGUCUAUCUUUACAUCGAUAAAUCCCUCCAACUGUCUGUCUUUACACCGAUAAAUCCCUCCAACUGUCUGUCUUUACACCGAUAAAUCCCUCCAACUGUCUAUCUUUACAUCGAUAAAUCCCUCCAACUGUCUGUCUUUACAUCGAUAAAUCCCUCCAACUGUCUAUAUUUACAUCGAUAAAUCCCUCCAACUGUCUAUCUUUACAAAGAUAAAUCCCUCCAACUGUCUAUCUUUACAUCGAUAAAUCCCUCCAACUGUCUAUCUUUACACCGAUAAAUCCCUCCUACUGUCUAUCUUUACAUCGAUAAAUCCCUCCUACUGUCUAUCUGUACAAAGAUAAAUCCCUCCAACUGUCUAUCUUUACAAAGAUAAAUCCCUCCAACUGUCUGUCUUUACAAAGAUAAAUCCCUCCAACUGUCUAUCUUUACAUAGAUAAAUCCCUCCAACUGUCUAUCUUUACAUAGAUAAAUCCCUCCAACUGUCUGUCUUUACAUCGAUAAAUCCCUCCAACUGUCUAUCUUUACACCGAUAAAUCCCUCCAACUGUCUAUCUUUACAUCGAUAAAUCCCUCCAACUGUCUAUCUUUACACCGAUAAAUCCCUCCAACUGUCUAUCUUUACACCGAUAAAUCCCUCCAACUGUCUAUCUUUACAUCGAUAAAUCCCUCCAACUGUCUGUCUUUACAUCGAUAAAUCCCUCCAACUGUCUAUCUUUACAUCGAUAAAUCCCUCCAACUGUCUGUCUUUACAUCGAUAAAUCCCUCCAACUGUCUAUAUUUACAUCGAUAAAUCCUUCCAACUGUCUAUCUUUACACCGAUAAAUCCCUCCUACUGUCUAUCUUUACAUCGAUAAAUCCCUCCUACUGUCUAUCUGUACAAAGAUAAAUCCCUCCAACUGUCUAUCUUUACAAAGAUAAAUCCCUCCAACUGUCUAUCUUUACAUAGAUAAAUCCCUCCAACUGUCUAUUUUACAUCGAUAAAUCCCUCCAACUGUCUAUCUUUACAUCGAUAAAUCCCUCCAACUGUCUAUCUUUACAUCGAUAAAUCCCUCCAACUGUCUGUCUUUACAUCGAUAAAUCCCUCCAACUGUCUAUCUUUACAUAGAUAAAUCCCUCCAACUGUCUGUCUUUACAUCGAUAAAUCCCUCCAACUGUCUGUCUUUACAUCGAUAAAUCCCUCCAACUGUCUGUCUUUACAUCGAUAAAUCCCUCCAACUGUCUAUCUUUACAUCGAUAAAUCCCUCCAACUGUCUAUCUUUACAUCGAUAAAUCCCUCCAACUGUCUGUCUUUACAAAGAUAAAUCCCUCCAACUGUCUGUCUUUACAUAGAUAAAUCCCUCCAACUGUCUGUCUUUACACCGAUAAAUCCCUCCAACUGUCCGUCUUUACACCGAUAAAUCCCUCCAACUGUCUAUCUUUACAUCGAUAAAUCCCUCCAACUGUCUAUCUUUACAAAGAUCCCAUUCCUUUUGCCUCCCAUUUUGUGGGUAGCCUAUGUAUUGUAUCUUAUGUAUUGUAUCUUAUGUAUUGUAUCUUAUGUAUUGUAUCCUAUGUAUCGUAUCCUAUGUAUUGUGGCCUAUGUAUUGUAGCCUAUGUAUUGUGUUGGUGAGUUCUGUGGAUUAUGACUGCUGGAAUGGUAAGGAGUAGACAACAGGCUAUAGAGGGUAUCUAGCUAGUAUGAGGGGUUUUACACACACACACACACACACACACACACACACACACACACACACACACACACACACACACACACACACACACACACACACACACACACACACACACACACACACAGAGAGAGAGAGACGGACAGAGAGAUAGACAGAGAGAGAGAGAGGGGCAGAGCAGUUCUUUCUUUUUGCUCACCCAGCCGUGACUAAAGGUUUGGAGGAGAUGACAUCGGCAUCCACAUGCUCCCCCCUCACUCCCUUCCCCCCUCACUACCCUCAUUCUCCUCUCUCCAGCCUCAUGGGAGAGAGAGGGAGAGAGACAGAGAGACAGAGAGAGAGAGAGACACACAGAGAGACAGAGAGAGGGGCAGAGAGACAGAGAGACAGAGAGAGAGAGAGGCAGAGAGAGAGAGGCAGAGAGAGAGAGACACAGAGAGACAGAGAGACAGAGAGACAGUUUUUUUUACUGUUUCUAACUGUCUUAAUCUCCCCCAUAGAAACAACAGUGACAGCACUAUCAACAAAAACACAAGGGAUCUGUUGCAGCUCUGUAGAAGCCUGGGUCUCUACUUUGUCAAUGGUAGGUUACGAGGGGACUCUGGGGAGAUUCACCUAUUGCUCAGCUCUUGGCCACAGUACAGUAGACUAUAUGAUAACAGACAUUGACCCUUUCUCUCUCAGCUCAUUCACUGUCAAGCCACUAACACCUCUGUCUGAUCACAGCCAAAUUACGUUGUUCCUCAAAAGAACAGACAUGGAAACAACCAGACAUUCACAGCCCAGUAAGCUGUAUAACAUCAGACAUUCACAGCCCAGUAAGCUGUAUAACAUCAGACAUUCACAGCCCAGUAAGCUGUAUAACAUCAGACAUUCACAGCCCAGUAAGCUGUAUAACAUCAGACAUUCACAGCCCAGUAAGCUGUAUAACAUCAGACAUUCACAGCCCAGUAAGCUGUAUAACAUCAGACAUUCACAGCCCAGUAAGCUGUACAACAUCAGACAUUCACAGCCCAGUAAGCUGUAUAACAUCAGACAUUCACAGCCCAGUAAGCUGUAUAACAUCAGACAUUCACAGCCCAGUAAGCUGUACAACAUCAGACAUUCACAGCCCAGUAAGCUGUAUAACAUCAGACAUUCACAGCCCAGUAAGCUGUAUAACAUCAGACAUUCACAGCCCAGUAAGCUGUAUAACAUCAGACAUUCACAGCCCAGUAAGCUGUACAACAUCAGACAUUCACAGCCCAGUAAGCUGUAUAACAUCAGACAUUCACAGCCCAGUAAGCUGUAUAACAUCAGACAUUCACAGCCCAGUAAGCUGUAUAACAUCAGAUAUUCAUACAGAUGGGCCCAAAACAGCACAGAAGAAUACCAGAAAGCAACCUGGAACCAAAAUAUACAAACACUCUUAGAUAACUUUCUGGAUCCCACAUUCACUCACAGUUAAGAAGGCAUCAAUCUAGCAGUACUAAACAUCAACAAUACAAUCUAGUAUCAAAAAACAUCAACUAUAUAUUCAGGCAAAACGGCAAAAGAAGCACAACUGAAAUUGAUAAAAAACAAAACAAAAAAGAUCACAGAUGACAACUGGUUUGAUGCAGAUUGUAAAAUUAUAAGGAAAAAACUUAGACCACUAUCCAACCAAAAGCACAGAGACCCAAAUAAUGGUGAAUUACGCCUUCAUUACUGUGAGACUUUAAACUCUAUAAACGUAACACUCAGAGCCAAAAAAUCAACAGAAAGCAGCUGACACUAAUUGAGGAGUCCAUAAACAAACAACUUCUGGCAAAAUUGGAAAAAAUUAAAGAAAUCUAAACAAGAGGAAUUAGCGAUACAAAAUGGUGACAUAUGGACAACCCAUUUUAAAACACUCUACAACACCGUUCAAACUGACACAAACGCAGAACAACGCCAAAUUCAUGAGAAGUUGGAUGGAUUAGAAAAAGCUAUAAAGGACAAUCAAAAUCCACUGGACUCCCCAAUUACUGACCAGGAGCUCUAUAAGAAACUUCAGGCUCUCAAAUUUAAAAAGGCAUGCGGACCUGAUGGCAUCCUAAAUGAGAUGCUCAAACUCACUAGUGCAACAUUUCAAUUGGCUAUAUUAAAACUGUUUAAUUUCAUCCUGAGUGUAGAUUAUUUCCCUGACAUUUGGAAUCAAGGACUCACAACCCCAAUCUUUAAGAACGGAAAACAAAUUUGGCCCUAACAAUUACAGAGGCAUUUGUGUGAACCUGGGGAAGGUUUUCUGUAGUAUUACAAAUGUAAGAGUUCUACACUUCCUUAAUAAGCCAAUGUCUUGAAUAAUAGCCCAAUUGGAUUCAUACCAAAACAUUGCAUGACCAUAUUUACAAUCUACACACCCUGAUAAACAUGUCCACCAAAAUAAUACCAAAAUAUACGCUUGCUUUAUCGACUUCCAAAAAGCAUUUGAUUCUAUUUGGCAUACAGGACUGUUCUACAAAGUUAUUGAAAGUGGUGUAGGGGGUAAAACAUGACAUAAUUAAAUCAAUGUAUACUGGCAAUACAUGCAGCAUUACAACUGGCAAGAAAAGAACAUAAUUCUUUAACCAGAUGCAGGGCUUUCGCCAGGGUUGCAAUCUGAGCCCUGCACUCUUCAAUAUUUACACCAACGAAUUGGCCACUAUUCUAGAUAAAUCCUCAGCCCCUGGUGUUAGUCUCCACAAUCCAGAGGUUUAAUGCCUACUCUUCGCAGAUGACCUAUGCCUGCUGUCACCCACAGCACAUGGCCUACAACAGAGCCUGGACCUGCUAGAGCAGUACUGCCAGACCUGGGCCCUGGCAGUAAACCACAAAAAUACUAAAAUAACAAUUUUCCAGAGAAGAUCAAGAUCUCAGGGAAUUAGACCAAAGUUCUCAAUUGGUACAAAAUAUAUAGAGUACUGCACACACUACAAUUACUUAGGUUUAAAAAUAAGCUCAACUGGACACCUUAAUGAGGCAGUGAAUGAACUGAGAGAGAAAGCACGGAGGGCAUUCUACGCCAUUAAAAAACUAAUUUAAAUUGAAAUACCUAUUAAAAUUUGGCUAAAACUAAUUGAAUGUGUCAUUGAACCAAUUGCACUUUAUGGCAGCGAGGUGUGGGGUCCACUUGCAAAACAAGAUUUCAUCAAAUGGGACAAACAUCCCAUUGAAACCCUGCAUGCAGAGUUCUGUAAGAUUCUCCUACAUGUCCAGAGGAAAACUACAAACAAUGCAUGCAGGGCAGAAUUAGGCUAAUAUCCACUAAUAAUAAAAAGUUAAAGAAGACCAAUUAAGUUUAGGAAACAUCUAAAAUACAGUGACCUCCUCUCAUAUCAUUACCAAGCCCUGCAAUGUCAAGAGCUGAGCAAAGAAAAGAGUCCCCUCAUCCAGCUGGUCCUGGGGCUGAGUUCACAAACCUGUUCUACUAACACACUGAAGGCUCAGGACCAGAACAUCGAAUCAAUCAGAAUAAACCAAAUUACAACACAGUCAAAACAAAACUAUAUUGCUUAUUGGGAAACACAAGCACAAGCACAGAGCAAAAUGCAGUGCUAUCUGGCCCUAAAUCGACAGUACACCGUGGCUAAAUAUUUGACCAUGGUUACUGAUCAAAACCUUAGAAAAACCUUGACAAAGUACAGGCUCAGUGAGCACAGCCUUGCCAUUGAGAAGGGUAGACACAGGAAAACAUGGCUCCCUGUAGAGGAAAGGCUGUGCAACCACUGCACCACAGCAGAACCUGAGACGGAGCUGCAUUUCCUGACAAAAUGUCAAAAAUAUAAAACAAUUAGAGAGUGUCAUUUCCCCAAAUUUGAAACCCUUAUUCAAGGUUUUGAAGACCUCUCUGAUGAGAGUAGGCUACCCGUCCUGUUGGGGGAGGACGCAGAGAGCUGUGGGUUGGCAGCGCACUACAUUGCUGCCUGCCAUAAGAUGAGGGACAGUGUCUGACAGACCAAUCAACCUGCACAUGUACUCUACUGGAUGCUUAUUGUUAUUGUUGAAUGUGUUGGUUAUUUUGACACUUGGUUAUUGUUGUUACUGUUGUACCGUUGACAAUUUUGAUUUUUAUUAUUUUCAUAUUAUAAAUAUCAAAAGUAAGCUUUGGCAAUAUGUACAUUGUUACAUUAUGCCAAUAAAGCAAAUUGAAUUGAAUUGAGAGACAGAGAGAGAGACAGACAGAGAGAGAGAGAGAGAGACACAGAGAAAGAGACAAGGAGAGAGAGAGAUACAGAGAAAGAGACAAGGAGAGAGAGAGAGAGAGAGAGAGAGAGAGAGAGAGAGAGAGAGAGAGAGAGAGAGAGAGAGCAGUUCUUUCUUUUUGCUCACCCAGCCGUCACUAAAGGUUUGGAGGAGAUGACAUCGGCAUCGACAUGCUCCCCCCCACUCCCUUCCCCCCUCACUACCCUCAUUCUCCUCUCUCCAGCCUCAUGGGAGAGAGAGAGACACAGAGAGACACAGAGAGACAGAGAGAGGGGCAUAGAGAGAGAGACAGAGAGAGAGAGAGGCAGAGAGAGAGAGAGGCAGAGAGAGAGAGAGAGGCAGAGCAGUUCUUUCUUUUUGCUCACCCAGCCGUCACUAAAGGUUUGGAGGAGAUGACAUCGGCAUCGACAUGCUCCCCCUCACUCCCCUCAUUCUCCUCUCUCCAACCUCAUGGGAGAGAGAGAGAGAGAGAGGAAGAUAGAGAGAGAGGGGGAGGAAGAGAGAGAGAGAGAGGAAGAGAGAGAGAGAGAGAGGAAGAGAGAGAGAGAGAGAGAGAGAGAGAGAGGAGAGAGAGAGGAAGAUAGAGAGAGAGGGGGAGGAAGAGAGAGAGAGAGAGAGAGAAAGAUAGAGAGAGAGGGGGAGGAAGAGAGAGAGAGAGAGGAAGAGAGAGGAAGAGAGAGGAAGAGAGAGAGAGAGAGAGAGGGAGGAAGAGAGAGAGAGAGACUGCAGAGUUUUUGCUUUUAAAUAGCCUGACUCUUUGCUUGCGUCCUAAAUGGCACCCUUUGCCCUUUGCACCAGUUUUUAACCAUAGGGUUCUGGUCAGAAGUAGUGCACUGCAACGAGUGUACAUAACAUUCAGGAAACCUUCCUACUAUUGAGUUGCAGCCCUCCCCCUCUUGCCUUCAGAACAGCCUCAGUUUGUCGUUGCAUGGACUCUACAAGGUGUUGAAAGCGUUCCACAGGGAUACUGGUCCAUGUUGACUCCAGGGAUACUGGCCCAUGUUGACUCCAGGGAUACUGGUCCAUGUUGACUCCAGGGAUACUGGUCCAUGUUGACUCCAGGGAUACUGGUCCAUGUUGACUCCAGGGAUACUGGUCCAUGUUGACUCCAGGGAUACUGGUCCAUGUUGACUCCAGGGAUACUGGUCCAUGUUGACUCCAGGGAUACUGGUCCAUGUUGACUCCAGGGAUACUGGUCCAUGUUGACUCCAGGGAUACUGGCCCAUGUUGACUCCAGGGAUACUGGCCCAUGUUGACUCCAGGGAUACUGGCCCAUGUUGACUCCAGGGAUACUGGCCCAUGUUGACUCCAAGGCUUCCCACAGUUGUGUUAAAUUGGCUGGAUGUCCUUUGGGUGGGGGACCAUUCUUGAUUCACACGGGGAAACUGUUGAGUGUGGAAAAACCCAGCAGCGUUGUAGUUCUUGACACUCAAACCAAGUGCACCUGGCACCUCCUACCACACCCCGUUCAAAGGCACCUACUACCAUACCCCGUUCAAAGGCACCUACUACCAUACCCCGUUCAAAGGCACCUACUACCAUACCCCGUUCAAAGGCACCUACUACCAUACCCCCGUUCAAAGGCACCUACUACCAUACCCCGUUCAAAGGCACCUACUACCAUACCCCGUUCAAAGGCACCUACUACCAUACUACCAUACCCCGUUCAAAGGCACCUACUACCACACCCCGUUCAAAGGCACCUACUACCAUACCCCGUUCAAAGGCACCUACUACCAUACCCCGUUCAAAGGCACCUACUACCAUACCCCGUUCAAAGGCACCUACUACCAUACCCCGUUCAAAGGCACCUACUACCAUACCCCGUUCAAAGGCAUUUAAAUCUGUUGUCUUGCCCCAUUCACCCUCUGAAUGGCACACAUACACAAUCCAUGUCUCAAUUGUCUCAAGGCUUAAAAAUCCUUCUUUAACUUGUCUCCUCCCCUUCAUCUACACUGACUGAAGUGGAUUUAACAAGUAACAUCAAUAAGGGAUAAUAGCUUUCACCUGGAUUCACCUGGUCAGUCUAUGUUAUGGAAAGAGCAGGUGUUCCUAAUGUUUUGUCCACUCAGUGUAUAUUGGGAAUAGGGUGUCAUUUGGAACAAAGAAUCUCCACAUCACUAUACCUGACCCAGAUCAGUCUCCACAUCACUCUACCUGACCCAGAUCAGUCUCCACAUCACUCUACCUGAUACAGACCAGUCUCCACAUCACUUUACCUGAUACAGAUCAGUCUCCACAUCACUCUACCUGAUACAGAUCAGUCACCACAUCACUCUACCUGAUACAGAUCAGUCUCCACAUCACUCUACCUGACCCAGAUCAGUCUCCACAUCACUCUACCUGAUACAGAUCAGUCACCACAUCACUCUACCUGAUACAGAUCAGUCUCCACAUCACUCUACCUGAUACAGAUCAGUCUCCACAUCACUCUACCCCCCUCUCGUCCCUCUACCUCCUUCUCUUCCCUCUACCUCCUUCUCUUCCCUCUACAUCCCUCUCCAUCCUCUACCCCCUGUCUUCCAUCUACCACCCUCUCCUCCCUCUACCUCCCUCUCUUCCCUCUUCCUCCCUCUUUCCCCUCUACCUCCCUCUCCACCCUCUUCCUCCCUCUCCUCCCUCUACCUCCCUCUCCUCCCUCUACCUCCCUCUCUUCCCUCUACCUCCCUCUUUUCCCUCUACCUCCCUCUCCUCCCUCUACCUCCCUCUCUUCCCCCCACCUCUCUCUCUUCCCCCCACCUCUCUCUCUUCCCUCUACCUCCCUCUUUUCCCUCCACCUCUCUCUCUUCCCUCUACCUCCCUCUCCUCCCUCUACCUCCCUCUCGUCCCUCUACCUCCCUCUCCUCCUUCUACCUCCCUCUCCUCCCUCUUCUCCACCUCUCCUCCUUCUACCUCCCUCUCUUCCCUCUACGUCCCUCUUUUCCAUCUACCUCCCUCUCCUCCUUCUACCUCCCUCUCCUCCCUCUUCUCCUCCUCUCCUCCCUCUACCUCCCUCUCCUCCCUCUACCUCUACCUCCCUCUCCUCCAUCUUCUCCUCCUCUCCUCCUCUCCUCCUCUCUCUGACCUCUCUCCUUCCCCCUCCUCUCCGCUCUUCCCCUGUCUGAUCCUCUCCCUCUCGUUCUUUCUCUCUUUCCUGUUUCUUUCUGGAGAGAGACAAAGUUAAGAGAGAGGUGUAGUUAAUCACUGAGUGCUUUAUUUUAAUGAAUUUUUAAUGACACACAUUGUUUUGAGAGUGACCUAUAUAGUAUAGGGACAUAUGGAUUCACAUUGUUUUGAGAGUGACCUACAUAGUAUAGGGACAUAUGGAUUCAGUUCUGAUGUUAAUAGACUCCAGACAUGAAUUAUUGAUUAUAGAGAUGAUGUAUGUAAAGUGGACACAGGGCUCUCUCUCUGUGAACCCCAUCUGAAACUGAUUCUCAUGUGUAUACACAAACGCACGCACGCACGCACACACACACACACACACACACACACACACACACACACACACACACACACACACACACACACACACACACACACACACACACACACACACACACACACACACACACACACACACACACACACACACACACACACACACACACACACACACACACACACACCCUUCCCAUUAGGUUGUACAGGACAGAGUUGUCAUCUGACAGACAAACAGAGCGAUGAAAGUAGACAGUUUUUUUCCUAGCCAUGAUCCUGAUGCUCUGUAUUCUGUUCUGCAAGUUAGGGGUUAGGGGUUAUGGGUAA